AUGUCUCUGCCGCGUUCACCUCGGAAUACGGUGCCCAAAUCGUCGAAUGCAAGCCAGUCAUCAGAUGUCUUCAUCAAGCUUGCACUAGAACAAUUGUCGAGCGCCAAAGAAGGCAAGAAGAUUCUCCAAUUACGAGAUUCCUGUUCGAAGGCUAGCGCUGCACUAGAAGCCCUAAGUGUCGGACGCGGAGAUCCAUCAAUAUCUAUAGCAGCAGUCUUCCUCCCCUUCCAGAUCGCAUGUGAAUCCAGAAUCCCAAUCCUCGCAUCUAUAGCAAUCGACUGUCUAGGCAAACUAUUCACAUACAAUUACUGGAGUCGUUAUGAAAGUCAUGAUGAUGCAGCAUCUGAAAACGGAACCAAUAAUACUAACAAGCGAACAUCUACCUCGUCGAGAGGACGUCAGUCGAGAUCAGAUGACGAUGAUACAGCAGAUGAUGAAGCCAGGAGUAGUCUUGAUAUUGAAGGGGAUCGUGAAGAUGGUGGGGCGUCGGGGAGUGGGAUUGUUGCGCAAGUUAUUGAUACUAUUUGUGAUACGUUUGCGGGUGGUGAGACUACGGAUGAGCGGGUGCAGCUGCAGAUCAUAAAGGCACUAGCAGCAUCAGUAUCAUCGCCUGACCCAAAAUCAGGAGCCCACGGCGGCGUCCUCCUGAAAGCGAUCCGAACAACAUAUAACAUAUUCUUAUUAUCGAAAUCACCCACCACACAAUUACUAGCUCAGUCGUCACUGACACAAAUGGUACAAGCCGUCUUUGAAAGGAUACCAAGACCACCGAAACAACCAAUAAUAAAACCUGGAAACACAAGUCCUACCUCCCCAGUUAGUGAUGGUAGCUCUUCGUCUGUUGUUGUAGUAGAAGGAGUAGCUACAGAAAGAAAGGAUGGAGAUAGUCCUACGGCAACUGCAUUUUCGUUUCCGUCUGGUAGUGAUACGAGUAGUAAAUGGGGUUCGCCUGCUGAUAGUACUGAUAAGUUAUCCAUCUCACAAGAUAAUUUACAUGAAUUGGGCAGCUCAAAAGGAGCCGAUUUACGUGCUUCUCAUGAUAUUCUGGCAGAAACGUUCAGAGGAAGUAAAACUCCUACUAUUAGUCGUGAUCCAGUGCUAGAUACCAAUGUCAAGGAUGUGUAUCUAGUGUUUAGAGCACUGUGUAAAUUGAGUAUGAAGACUGUGCCAACGGAAGGAGCCACUGAUUUAAAAUCCCACGCCAUGAGAUCCAAACUAUUGGCAUUACAUCUCGUUGACUCGGUUCUGGCAUCGAAUCUAUACGUAUUCUUUACACCAGCUGGAGUUUUAUUCUCGUCCAGUCAGAAUGGAGUGUCAGCUUCUGCCAUUCUCUUUAUACAUGCCGUCAAACAGUAUUUGGGGUUGACCCUCAGUCGUAAUGCAUCUAGUGCUGUGCCACAAGUAUUUGAUGUUGCCAUGCAGAUAUUUGGGAAGGUGUUGAUCGGGUUGAGAACUGUCUUGAAGCGUGAACUGUCUGUCAUCAUGACAGAAAUCAUACUUCCAAUCUUGGAAGCUCGAUCAUCCAUUACCUUCCAUCAACGAAUAUCAUGUCUAAACAAGAUGAAGGAGAUAUUGGCCGAUCCAGCUGCAGAUGGUGGACGUGUACUCGUAGAAAUCUAUCUAAACUAUGAUUGUGAUGUAGAAGCAGGAGCACGAGAAAAUAUCUGGGAACGAUUGAUGAAUGCUCUUGGUAAAGUUAUGACCACGCAUUAUGCCAUAGAUCCAGCUCAGCAGCAACAGCAAAAUGCUGGUGGUGUUUUGGCUGGAAAUGGUCCACACUCUGGUGUUGCGCCAGCUAUAACCACAGCCAACCUCACCAAUCUGACACGAGAACAAUUACGUGGACUUUAUUCUGCUACUGGAGAUUAUGCAGAAUUGAAAAAACGUGGAUUGGAACUUAUGGUCAAUGGAGUUAUGAAACCUCUUGUAGAUUGGUGUGUUGCUCGUGGUGGUAAACCAGGAGAUAAUAUGCCAGCUCAUGAUGAGCAGGGCCACAAGAAACGAAAAUCAGAAGAUGGCCAUGAGCGUGAAAAUACUGGUGGUGGAUUAGGUCUGUUGUCUGAAGAAGAAGCCAAGAAACGUCGUCAACGAGGUGAAGAUGACCCCACCCAAUUCGAGUCAUUGAAACAACGUAAACAGAUAUCCAUGGAAGGUGUUAAACGAUUUAAUUUCAAACCCAAGAAGGGUUUGCAGUUUUUGCUGGAUCAACGUAUUAUACCGUCAAGGACGCCACGAGAUAUUGCGAGAUUCUUGUUGAGAACUGAAGGCCUUGCUAAGCAGGUUAUUGGGGAGUUCUUGGGUGAAGGUGAUGAAGAAAAUAUCGCGAUCAUGCAUGCCUUCGUUGAUGAAAUGGAUAUGACCAAUAUGAGAUUUGUAGAAGCUUUACGUACGUUUUUGCAGAGCUUCAGGUUGCCUGGAGAAGCCCAAAAAAUUGAUAGAUUUAUGCUCAAGUUUGCUGAACGGUACUUGAAGGGCAAUUCACAGACUUUUACCAGUGCCGAUACUGCAUACGUACUUGCAUAUUCAGUAGUCAUGCUCAACACUGAUCAACAUAAUACUCAAGUCAAACGACGAAUGACCAAGGCCGAUUUCGUAAAGAACAAUCGAGGUAUAGAUGAAGGCAAAGAUUUGCCAGUAGAAUUUCUUGAAGCUAUAUUUGAUGAGAUUGCCACGAACGAGAUUGUCAUGAAGGAUGAAAGGCCAGACAAGGAAUCUGAAAAGGCAGCAGACAAGGCUGCUGCAGCUCAAGCACCCAACUCUGCUCUCAGAACCAAGAAGGAAUUAGCGCAAUUUGCUAAUGCUUCACAAGCCAUGGCACAAAAGUCUGAAGCCAUGUUUAACAAUAUUAGUAAAUCAAAGACCAGUAAAAAGGGGGCUAGUGGUCAUAAUUUACCUAGUGCUGGCGGUAAUUCACAAUCCGAAUCAGCUACAUCCCAAAACAAUAACUCCAUGGCACAGUUUUAUGCUGCUAGUCAUUACGAGCAUGUUAAACCCAUGUUCCAAUUGAUUUGGAUGGCGGUUUUAACUGGAUGCUCUGGCCCACUACAAGAAAGUGAAGACCUAGAUACCAUUGCACUAUGUCUCGAUGGAUUUAAAUAUGCCAUUCGAAUCAUAUGUCUGUUUGAUAUGGAUUUAGAAAAGCAGGCAUUCUUAUCUACCUUGUCGAAAUUCACGCAGUUAUCGAAUUUGGCUGAAUUACGACCCAAGAAUCUAGAAGCUAUUCGAACAUUGCUUGAGAUUGCUGUAUUAGAGGGCAAUUAUUUGGGAGAUACGUGGAGAGAUGUAGUUGUAUGUGUCUCACAGCUUGAAAAGCUGCAAAUCUUGUCUGGUGGUGGUGGACCUGGUGGUGAUAAUGGACGUGUAUCACGAUCAUCUGAAGAUCCAGGCUUAUCGGGACGUCGUGAAUCACAUGUUGGUGGGAAUCGACAGGUAGAUAGUAAGGGUAAACCGUACGUGGAAAUGACUGUUGAUGGUAGUAUGAGUAUGCAAAUGACGCUAGCUGUGGAUCAUAUAUUUACAAGUAGUGUUCGAUUGUCUGGGACGGCCAUUGUGGAAUUCGUGAGAGCAUUAUGUCUUGUAUCGUGGGAUGAAAUCACAUCAUCGUCAGAUCGAGAGCAUCCGAGAAUGUAUUGUUUGCAGAGACUUGUUGAGAUCUCGUACUAUAAUAUGAAACGUAUUCGUAUGGAGUGGUCGAAUAUCUGGGCUAUAUUAGGAGAUCAUUUCAAUCAGGUUGGAUGUCAUCACAACUCGAACGUUGGUUUCUUCGCACUCGACAAGCUCAGACAAAUGGCCAUGAAAUUCUUGGAAUUGGAAGAGCUACCAAACUUCAAAUUCCAAAAGGAUUUCCUACGGCCAUUUGAACAUGUCCUGGGUUUCAAUCAAGAUCCAAAGAUUAAAGAUAUGGUGUUGGCUUGUCUUCAGCAAAUGGUGCAAGCUAAAGCCAAAUCGAUGAAAUCUGGCUGGAAGACAUUGUUUGCUGCAUUUAUAAGAGCUGCCAGAGAACCAUAUGAACCCGUCGUAUUGCUCGCCUUUGAUAUCGUCAAAUCAAUAUUCAGAGGUCAUUUCGAGAGCGUGGUAGCAAACGGAACCUUUGCAGAUUUUAUAUCAUGUCUUGUCGAAUUCUGUAAAAACAAGCGAUUUGGGAAAAUCAGUCUCCAAUCCAUUGAAGUACUUCGACAAGCCAUUCCACGAAUGGCUGAUCUUGCCAAGUCUGCUCAAGGGUCUAAGCUGUUACAGCAAACCAUCAAUGCCGAAAUAACUACUCAAGCAUCAGUUGGCAAUGUAUUCGCACCUAGUAAGAUUGAGGAAGAUCCUAGUCUGAGGUUCUGGUUUCCAAUAUUGUUUGGGUUGUAUGAGGUUAUUAUGACCUGUGAUUUGGAAGUGAGAACAAGGGGUCUGACAUAUCUGUUUGACACUCUGAAAACAUAUGGAGGUUCAUUCUCACGCGAUUUCUGGGAGGUUGUGUCGAAAGGUGUCCUCUUCCCGAUAUUUGAUGAUUUGAGACUGUCAAAACAAGAGCAUACAAAGUUCCCAAACAAGGAAGACAUGUCGGUGUGGUUGUCUACCACGUUGAUUCAAGCUUUAAGGCAGUUUGUGGACUUGUUUUCGCAUUACUUUGAGACUUUGAGUUUUCAGUUGGAUGGUGUAUUGGAGUUGUUGACUGUGUGUAUGACUCAAGAAAACGAGACACUUGCAAGAAUUGGAUCAACAUGUCUUCAGCAGUUUAUCGAGAAUAAUGUACAAAGGCUGACAGAUGAUGUAUGGGAGAAACUAUGCAAGAUGCUAGUCAACCUAUUUGAAAUCACGACACCAAAUGGAUUAUUCUUUGAUAUUGGUGAAUAUGCAAGUAAUAGCGCUGCACCGAGCCCAAAGCCAACACGACGAUCCGUAACAUUUGUAAAUGGUGUCGCCACCCUGACAAUCGAUGGUGUCCCAGCAUCCGAACAACAACAGCAACCACAAACAACUCUAACAAAACCGAUCGAACAAACCUUUGGAUCUAAAUUAUCAAAUACUCCACCAGCAUCACCACGGCCACUAGCCAAACGACCUGAAAAACGAGAAUUCCAAGCCAUCAUCGUCAAAUGCGUCCUCCACUUGCUGGUUAUACAGACGUUGCAUGAGAUUCUGAGUACAGGGCAAGAUGCCGUGUAUCGGUCAUUAACUAUUAGGCAUUUGGGACUGCUGAUUGAUUGUCUUGAGAGGAGUUAUCGGUUUGCGCAACGGUUUAAUAAUGAUAUGGAUUUGAGGAUGGCGUUGUAUAAGAUGGGAUUCAUGAAACAGCUACCCAAUUUGUUGAAACAGGAGACAACCAGCAUUUCGAGUUAUCUUAUGAUUUUGAUAAAAAUGUACUCAGACUCGACGGAUGAGAAGGUCGCUAUUCGGUUGGAGACUGAGAAGAGAUUGAUACCACUGAGCUAUGAUGUGAUGUGUCUAUACAACAGUCUUGACCCAGAAACCAAGAGGAGGAAUGUGAAUGCUUGGAGGCCAGUGGUUGUCAGUAUACUGAACGCUUUGUUGUCGUUUAGUGAUGAGCAGUUCAAACGACAUAUACCAUUAUUCUACAAUGAAGUAGUGAAUCUCCUACUCCAAGAGGUUCCCAACGAUUUACGACUCGUCCUACACGCCUUGCUGAUACGAGCCGGCAAUGUAUACGGAGUCACACAACGAGAACGUCGUGUAUCUAGAGCAGACAGUAUAGAAGGAGAUGCUGCAUCAAUGAGUGGUGGUGGAGGUGGAGGAUCACAUCUUGACUUGUCAUCUGAACUAGACGAAGAUGAAUUAAUGACUUUUGAUCCACCACUUAAACCGCAACCUACUGCGACCUUAUUGGCUACUGAGCAAUCAUUGAUGGAUAUGGAUGAUGGUGUUGAAGAAGAGGUUGCUACAAAGGAAACCAACAAGGCGGAGACCAGUAUCUUGUGA